AAUUACAAUAUCAAAUUCUAACAUAAACAAUCAUCUAGAUCAUCGUCGCCACAGCAACAAAACGGGGCCGUAUGUGUGGACAUACCAACCAAUGUGACCCUAUGCCAGGGUAUCGGCUACACUAAGAUGCGUUUACCCAACCUAUUGAAUCAUGAUACGUUGACCGAGGUGUCCCAACAGGCACAGAGCUGGGUGCCAUUGUCCCAGCUCAAUUGCCACCCUGACACACAGCUGUUCCUGUGUUCUCUGUUUAGCCCGGUGUGUCUCGACCAUCCCAUACCGCCGUGUCGUUCCCUAUGCGUGUCGGUGCAGAGCUCGUGUGAGCACGUGAUGCUCAACUACGGCUACCCGUGGCCUAAAAUCGUGGAGUGCGGCCAAUUUCCCAUCGACAACGACAUGUGCAUUCAGGCCCAACACUCAGCCCCAGCGCCCCCGACAGCAGCACCGGGUGGUCAACAAUCGGUGGCCGACAAAAAACCGAUCGCCACUAACCAACACACGGAGAAUAAGCACCGGAAGGGCGACCGCCAUCAUAACCGUAAGGGCGGCCAUCAUAAUAAUAAUCAGGGUAAAAAGGGCAAAAAACAAGGCCGCAUGCAAACGGUAGAGGUGCCACCGGGUGUGCCCAAGGAGACUAUCUACCAGCCGCAGCCGGGUCAUUUGCAGAGGUCUGUGCAGUUGGAUUCGCAGACACCGAGGUUAAUUGAUGAGCCCCAAGUGGAUCAGGCUAUGACCGCCCCAACACCGGCCACGGGUGCGGCCGAUCAACGCCCGCCCCGUAAGUGGAGUAGAGAUCAGCGCCAACUCUAUAACGAUAUUAUUGCUAACUUCUGCCGAUCGGAA